CCUCGCGCUGAGUUUGCCCGUGCACCUGCAUCAGGAAAUUAAAUGCACGCGCACUCUACACAUGUUGAAACAUUGCUACACCUGAUGUCAUGUCAUCCUCUUCCUUUACGAUAAUUAACCAUGGUUUUACUACACAGCAACUAUUUACUAACUAACUUAUAUUUGUAGUAAAACCAAAGUAAUCACACAUUUACAAUCUUACUACAAUUAUUAGUUUAAUCAUUGUAUUCAUAGUAAAACUAUGGUAAAUUGUCACUACACUUUCACUAUAGUAAAACCAUGGGUACAUUUCCCAAGGGCUGUUUUUCACAAUAAAAGUGGAAAACGUGUAACAUAAGACUUUUUGUUUUCUCCUCAAUAAUAAUAAUCUCACAUCCUCCAACAUAUGCCGCUUCACACACAUGCACAAUGCUUUGUAGCCAACUUUCCCCAGUUUCUCAGAUUCUGUCAUUCAUCAAAAAGAAAACAAAGUGAUGUGAAGUAAAAGUGAUGUCCUUGUGAAUCUUUGUGGUUUAUUUGAAAUUGUUUCCAACAGUGAAGUACAGCAUCAGUGCUCACAAAGUUUAAAUACAGCAGCAGUCUGCUAAAGCCGCUGGAUGAUGCUGAUAAGGGGUUUGAUGCUGUGAGCACUUCAGAUCCCACUGUGGGUCCUGAUGAGAAUCUUCCUUAUGUCCUGUAACUGCUGAAACAAGUUUUCUCGGCAACAGGAAUGUCCUUCAGGUUUAAAUAAAAGCCUUACACUGUCACACACUUACUGCUUCAAUCUAUAUGCAAAGCUUUCUGCCAAGAGUUUGAGUUCAGGGAGUCCUUAAACAGAUUCCUGCGGUAGGCUACAUGGAUUUAAGACAUUAAAACCGAAUUUACUUCUUAAAGAUCUGCAAUGAAUCACAAAGAUUAUGAAUUGUAAAAUAUCAAACAUUUGUCAAUAUGAAUGCGAAAGUGUCCUUUACAAUAAUAUGAGCAGAUGCUUUUUUUAUAGGCUCAGCAUAGUCUUCUCUAGGGUGACCAUACCUGCCAUUCUUCCCGGACGGGUCCUGGCCAGGAUUUUGGGUUCGUCUUCUGAAAGUUGUAUUUGUCGACCGCAUACGUCAUAGAGGAUUAUUAUUUUUAGGUACUUUAUUAUUUUAAGGUAAGAAUGAAACUACGAUUGCAUGUCUUAUGUUUUAACUGAAGGGUGUAUGCAGUCAACAAAUAUGACUUCCGGAAGACGCACCAAAAUCCUGGCCAGGAUGCGUCCGGGAAGAAUGGCACAUAUGGUCACCCUAUCUUCUCCCUUAUAAUCAUCAUGAACCUUUCAAAUUCUUUUCCCACAUACGUAAAAAAUACCAGUUUUGUCAUUAAUGAUAUUUUCUUUAAAAAAUUAAAUUAAAAAAAAGGAAUUUUCAUAAUUUCCUACUCAUCUCAAGCUCAAGGGUCCACAUCAAAGCGAGAGAAUGCUGUGGCACUUAAGUAUUUAUUCUGUAAUAGUGAUCGUUUCAGUUAAAUAAUGAAUUAUUGCAACAAUGGGCACUUGAAAAAUAUUAAUGAUUAAUCGUAUCAAGUGUAAUCUGAUUUUGUUUUUAAAUUUGGCGCUGAUGAAAAACCUUACGUAAAGGUAUAGCUCACCCAAAAAUGAAAAUUAUAUCAUCAUUUACUCACUAUUAAAGGGACACUCCACUUUUUUUGAAAAUAUGCUCAUUUUCCAGGUCCCCUUGAGUUAAACAUUUGAUUUUUACUGUUUUGAAAUCCAUUCAGCCGAUCUCCGGUUCACUUUUAGCAUAGCUUAGCAUAAUCCAUUGAAUCUUUGCAUUGCAUAUAAAAAUGUGCAUAUUUUCAAAAAAGUGGAGUGUCCCUUUAAGCUGUUACAAACCUGUAUUUCUUUGUUCUGCUGAAUACAAAGAAAGAAAUUUUGAGCAAUAUUUGUAACCAAGCCAUUAUUUGAGCACCAUUGACUUCCACAGUAUUUUUCUUUCCUAUCAUGGAAAACCAAUGGUGCUCUAGUUUCCUUCUUGAUUACAAAUAUCUUCCUCUGUGUUCAGCAAAACAAAGACAUACAGGAUUGUAACAGCUUGAUGGUCAUUUAAAAAAUGACCAAAUUUUCAUUUUGGGGUGAACUAUCCCUUUAAGGCACUGAGGUUCAUAAGACAAAAAUGUUGAAUCAAUAGUUGAUUUUUGAUUCAUGUUAGAGAGAAAAUGCAAUAACAAUAUUCACUUUUGUCUCUUUCUUGAUUUUUUUGUGCUCUUACUUUCUUUCUUUCUAAAUUACACAAAACAGGAAGACAGAGAGGAAGUGAUGUGGUUAGACAGUUUGCGUCUCUUUAUAAUAAUGAUGCUUAAAGAGAGGAAAGACACUUAAAACGUAGGUUAGUAACAAUUCAAAAUUAAGAGUUUAACCAAAGAAAGUGUUUGAUAUUUCAAUGUAUAUUCAGAUAGCUCAGAGGUAGUGGAGCUGCCAACAGGUCAUUUGCUAUGAGAAGAGCAGAUGUCAUCAAACUCAGCAUUAUCUUCUUCCUGAUCUUCAUCUUAUGCAUGCUAGAGUUUUUCCCACAAAUAAUAAAUGGCAGCAGUCAGGACGAACCUACAGACUGGUAUGUCUGCAAGAGGGAGAUGGAUAGUGAUGUUCUUCAUGAUAAUACCUCAGUAUCAGGAGACCACGUGAUGAUGGUACUUAGAAAAGGAUUCAAUCUGUCAGAAUGGAACAGUAGUAUAUUCACGUUUCUAAACCACACCAACCUGUACACUGGACCCCAAGAUCACCAGAGACAUUUUUACUGCCUCCUUCCACCAAACAAAAGCAAAUGUCCAGAUAUCACAGAAAACCCCCCAAAAGAAAACUUCAAUCCACCAAUCACUUUCCAGUUAACAACCACCGCUUCUCCAAAACCAAACACCUCUUCAUUCAAAAAACCUAUACUAUCUUCAAAUGAAAUGAGUUAUGCACAAAAGCUAAACUGCCAGCCCGGCAGCAAUCAUUUUAUUCACUACCAGGAAAACAGCCCAUUUCCAAAGACGCAGACAAAAAAAGGAUUAGAAAGCUGGUGGUGUGUGACCACUGCAGUGUGGUUCUUUCUGGUACUGACUCUGCUCAUCGUGGCCCUAACAAGUGUGAGCGUCCGGAUCUCCAAGAGCAGACGUAUUCACAAAAAAAAGUCUAAUUUGGUGGUGGUUUCACCCAGAGACUAUCAGCUCACAGAGAUCAACGAGCACAGAGGAAAUUCGAGGAACAGCGCGUCUGAUGUGUUUGUCACAGUAUGCAGUGAAAAUGCAUUGUCACCCAUCAAUGAGAUUACAGAAAACUCACUAGAUGAAGACCACGAAGAAGAAGAGGAACAGAAUAGCUUAGUAACAAAGCAAGAGUUUACAGAAUCAAAGGGACACCUUCAAACAUCAGCUCACCUGCAUCAUCGUAGCAAUCCGUCUCGCUCCUGUCAUGAAACAGAUGGACAGCUUUAACCCUUCAACACAGAAGAGACACUUCAUAAUAAAAGAAAAUCUAUGUUUAUUA